AUGGCUGCGCUGGAAAAGGAAAAGAAGAAGCAGUGGAAUGAAGAGCAGGAGAGGAUUAGGGAUGCGCAGAAGAAGCUAGAAAAGGAAAAGGAAAAGUGGGAAAAAGAGCAGGCGAAGUUCAGAGAAGCACACCACAAGGAGGAAGAGAAAGUCAAGAAGAUGAUGAUAGAGAGAGAUCGCAAGCUGUUAAAAAAUGCACAGAACAAGAAGGGAAAAGAGGAAAAGGAAAAGAGGAAAAGCGACCAGAAAGAAAAAUCAGAGGCACACAAGAGGAAAAGAAUCGGAAUCAAAAGGGCACAGUCCAGCCAGACUAAACAAAUUGCAUCAAAGCCGAGUCGAUCUGCAGCUCCAAAACGCAGAUGA